AUUAGCAUAUAUCAUCAAUAUCUACAUCUUGGCCACGUGGGCUGGUCAUGUGGGCUCAAUAGUGUUGAAUUACAUGUAUAACAAUAUUAUCAUAACAUCAUACAAAGGAAAAAGAAAAACAAAACCAUGAGUUCAUUGUCUUCUUCAUCUUAUUAAACUACAAUAGCCACGGCAAACUAUAUUUGUAUGUAAUUGAUAUCAGCUGUAAAUUUACCACAUGGAUGAGGUACUAGUACAUUCUUAAGUCGCUUUAAUCGCUAUCUGAUGCACUAAGUACAUUUUAUUUGUUUAGAGACAUUCAAAUAUACCAUGAUUGUAAUAUUCCGACAAGGACACUUAUUUAUAAAAUGUAUAAUUACAUAAUAAUGGAGAAAUUCCCCGACACUUGUUACAUACCCUUUGAAAUGAAGCAGGAAAAAAAAUAAGAUUUAACAAAGGAUAAAAAAUUAUUUCAAUAUAACUAGAUGUAAAUAAAGAGAAGGAAUUUUGGAUACCAGAAAGUUGUACUUUAUAGUUUAAAAGGAACUUUGUAUUGUGAACAAUGAUAGCCAUACGAAAGGAUGGAGGAUGGGCUUGGUGCAUAUUAUUGAGUGUAAUAUGCUGUCAGACAAUUCUAGGUGGUGUUAUAUUUUCAAGCGGAAUAUUCUAUGUUAUUUUUAAAGAAGCGCUUAAUUCCGACCCCGUGGUAAUCUCAUGGCUGUGCUCUCUACCGAUGACAAUGUGGUAUUUUGCAUGUCCUUUUGGGAGUGUUAUCACAAAUAGAUUUGGAUGUCGGAAGUGUGCUUUUAUUGGUGGUAUCAUGGCAGCAGCAGGAUUAAUUCUCGGAUUCUUUGCUGAAAGUAUUGAAUAUCUGUUCUUCACUCAUGGGUUACUCACAGGUUUCGGUCUGGGUUUAAACUAUAUAGCUUGCAUGGCUGUGAUGAAUAUAUACUUUGACAAAUACAAGACCAUAGCAACAGGGAUAGCAUCGACGGGACAUAAUAUAGGACUUAUUGUUUAUACACAACUAAUGAACAAUUUGCAGGAAAACUACAGUUGGAGAGGAAUGCUCUUCAUUUUAGGGGCGUUGUCUUUUAAUCUUUGCACAUGUUCUACUGCCAUGUUUCCACUGAAGUCAGGAAAAGUAUCAAUGAUUAAUGAAGUUAAAGAAAUACAAUCUAAUACAGUUAAAAAGAAAGAAAAUGUAAAUUUAUCUUUGUUUAGAAAAUUAUCUUUUGUAUCAUUUUGUUCAAGUAAUAUAUUUACUAAUUUAAGUUUAGGUAUUUUCAUUUUGCAUUUGCCAUCUUACUCAAAAGAAGUUGGGUUUACUGAACAGACGUUUGGAACUGUGUUGAUGGUGUUUGGUGUAACUACGUUUGUGGGGAAAAUUGUAUACAGUUUAUUAGGCCAACAUCCAAGAUUGGACGAAACUACAUUAUAUACGUUCUCCCUUACGGCAACAGGAGUGUGUAUAUUUCUUAUUCCAGUAUUACUGACUGAGACAGGGAUGCUAACACUAUCGGGACUUGUUGGAUUUUUCUACUCUGUUACUGGAGCACUACUCCAGGCUGUCAUCUUUAAAAUAGUGGGAUACGACAGGUUCGCUGAUGGCGUUGGAUUAUCACUUCCAUUUAAAGCGGCUGGAAAUCUUAUCGGAGGUCCAUUGGCAGGGGUCCUACUCACCAUCACGGGAAAGUACACUUUUUCUUUUUAUCUCUCGGGCAUAUGUAUGACGGUGGCAUCUUUUCUUAUGUUUCUGCCUCUGUUAAGCCAUAGACGUCGAGACAGACGGGAAAAUAAUAAGAAUUUCAACACUGUUUAUGAGAUGAAUAUAUCCAAUGACAAGGAACAGGCUAAUGGACUGUAUGCUGCUAAUGGGGCACUCAAACCGACAUUUAAACCUUCUCUUGGCGACGAAGAGUGUGACAGAAUGUUAUAAGAGUGUGAAAAGAGUGAUAUAUGUAGGUAGAUUGGAGGCCGAGAUGAUAACAGUUAUAAAUAGAAUGGAAUUCAUAUAACGUGUAAUAUGCAAGACCUACAAAGGAUAACCUGUGAAACGUGUCACUUUCCUUAAAAGAUUAUCAUUUAGAUUUAACUUUUAGAAUGAACCAGUAAAUCUGGUGGUAAAUUAAGGUCACAGUUUGCUUUUUUAAAUUUUCAACAAGAAGUUUCAGUUUCCCUAUUUUAUAUUGUUUUAAAGAUCUCCUAUAGAUCUCGUACAUCUUUUAUUAUAUAAAAGUAUUUCUUAUGUAAGUAUGAAUACCAUAAUAAUUGACAGAAUUUUUCAUGUUUUAGUUAUUUAAAUGUGUUAAUUUCAGAUGAAUGUUGAAUAUCACUUGUAUUGCUCCUGUUUCUGUAUAUUACCCUCAGUGAUCUUUCACUAUAUUUUUUUCAUGUAUUGGAAAGACUUCUUUUUUGAAAAAAUCAGUCAAGUUUUAAUGACACUUUAUACAUGUACUAUUUUAUUAAAGCUUGUACCACGAUACAACAUUUUUUUAUAUUUUAAUUGAUGACGGAUAGAGUAUAUAUUAUUUAAUAAUGACGUAAACGUUUAUAGACUAUGGUUUUAAUAUUGUUACAGAAAAUAAAUGUGCCUGUCUUUUGAUAAAUUAAAA